AAUAACAUUUAACAUGUUACGAACGAGUCGUAAUGUCCGCUUAUACAGGUUGUCAACCCUUCUUACGAAGAAAUCUCUCCCUGUUUCAGCAUGUUUUGAGCGAAUGGUUGGCACAAAACUUGAUCCUGAAUGGUGUGAAUUGGCCAGGAAGCAACUGAAAGGACAAGAUCCAGAAAAGAAACUAACAUGGCAUACAGCAGAGGGGAUAGAUGUGAAACCAUUGUACACCAGAGAUGAUACAGCUGAGAUGGCAAAAGAAGUGCCAGGUAAGUACCCAUUCACCAGGGGGCCAUAUGCUACCAUGUACACUGGUCGUCCCUGGACUAUCCGCCAGUAUGCUGGAUUCAGUACUGUGGAAGAAAGCAACAGAUUCUACAAGGCCAACAUAAAGGCAGGACAGCAGGGUUUGAGUGUGGCCUUUGACCUCGCGACACACAGAGGUUAUGACUCUGACAAUCCAAGAGUUCAUGGUGAUGUGGGCAUGGCAGGUGUGGCGGUGGACAGUGUGGAAGACAUGAAAUUGUUGUUUGAUGGCAUCCCUCUCAACAAACUUUCUACUUCUAUGACUAUGAAUGGUGCUGUUCUGCCCAUAUUAGCCAUGUAUGUUGUAGCUGCUGAAGAACAGGGAUGCAAGCAAGCAGAACUCGCUGGCACCAUCCAGAAUGACAUAUUGAAGGAGUUCAUGGUGCGAAACACCUACAUCUUUCCUCCAGAACCAUCCAUGCACAUCAUUGCUGAUAUCUUUGCUUAUCUCUCUAAGAACCUGCCCAAGUUCAACUCCAUCUCCAUCUCUGGAUACCACAUUCAAGAGGCAGGAGCAGACGCCGUCCUUGAAACGGCCUUCACAUUGGCUGAUGGACUGGAGUACUGCAGGACGGGAUUGAAAGCGGGAUUGAAGAUUGAUGAGUUUGCUCCGCGCCUUUCGUUCUUCUGGGGUAUAGGAAUGAAUUUUUACAUGGAGAUAGCAAAACUUCGAGCAGCUCGCAAAUUGUGGGCCACCCUCCUUAAAGAAAAGUUUCAUCCAAAGAAGGAUUUGUCAAUGAUGUUGAGGUGCCACUCACAAACAUCAGGAUGGUCACUCACGGAACAGGACCCAUACAACAAUAUCAUCAGAACAUGCAUCGAAGCAAUGGCGUCGGUAUUUGGGGGCACCCAAUCCCUACACACCAACUCGUUCGAUGAGGCUCUCGGUCUGCCCACCCCCUUCAGUGCCCGCAUCGCCCGUAACACGCAGAUCAUCAUUCAAGAAGAAUCCGGAAUUCCCAAAGUGGCAGACCCGUGGGGGGGAUCGUACAUGAUGGAAUGUCUAACUCAGGAGGUCUACGAAGGUGCUUUGAAGGUCGUCAAUGAGAUUGAAGAAAUGGGUGGAAUGUCGAAAGCAGUGGCCAGUGGCAUGCCGAAGUUGAGGAUUGAGGAGUGUGCAGCGAGAAGGCAGGCUAGGAUUGACAGCGGCGGUGAAACCAUCGUGGGAGUGAACAAGUACCGGCCAGCAAAGCCGGAGUACGUGGAGGUACUGACCAUCGACAACACGAAGGUACGAGAGCAGCAGAUUGCCAGACUGAAGCACAUCAGAGAGACCAGGGACAAUGCUAAGGUGCAACGAAUCUUGGAUUCGAUUACAGAGUGCUGCAAAAGCCAGCAUGGAAACCUUCUCGAACUUUCGAUUGAGGCGGCCAGGGCUCGAGCUUCAGUUGGAGAGAUCACAGAUGCCAUGGAGAAAGUGUACGGACGACACGUGGCUGUCCACAGGCUCGUUAGUGGCUCCUACAAGAACGAGUACGGUGAUGCUGACGAGAUUAACAAAGUUAUCGAGAGGAUCAAGGAGUUUGUGGCCAUUGAAGGCAGGCGCCCUAGAAUCUUGAUAGCGAAGGUGGGCCAGGACGGGCACGACAGGGGCGGCAAAGUUGUGGCCACUGGAUUCGCAGACAUGGGCUUCGACGUUGAUAUCAGUCCUUUAUUUUCGACGCCAGCAGAGGCAGCCCAGCAGGCAGUUGAUUCAGACGUUCACGCUGUAGGCGUGUCUUCGUUGGCAGCUGGCCACAUGACCUUGGUGCCUGAGGUCAUCGAACAUCUCAAAAAACUUGGAAGGCCUGAUAUCCUGGUGUUCGUCGGAGGCGUCAUCCCUCCGAAAGAUUAUGACUUCCUCUACAAAGCUGGUAUUGUCGAUAUCUUUGGGCCAGGCUCCCGCAUACCGGAUUGCGCCCUGAGAACCAUCAACCAUAUCAUGGAAAAAGACAAGUACACGAAGACAAAAGCCACCGGAUAAAUUAAUAAAUUAUGAUAAUGAGUCGAUUAAUUGUUAAUGAUAUUGACAAAAUUAUGAUAAUGGGUCGGUUAAUUGUUAGUAACAUUAAUUAACCAAAUGCACGGACGUGAAAUGCGAUUUAUCAUGAAAGCAUUGAAAACUUUUCUACUUGACAACUCUAGUUAGCUAGUUGAUUCUAACAAUUUUUUUGGUAUUUAUAUUCUGAAUAUUAAUCAACUAAUAAUUAUAUUUUAAAAAAUAUUUUAUUAAGCUACAAUACUUUUCAAAUUUAUUUAUUAAUUUAUACUUACCUUUUUCCUGAUUCUAAGUUUGUUUCUUUGUAGUUGCAGAUAUGUUAGAAACUUUUUAUUUUGCCGGGAAUUCAAAAUCUUCGAAAUUUUUGCUAGGACUUGUUAAUAUUAUCACAUUGUCGUUUUUGUUUCGUUACCGCUCAGAUGGGAGAGAGAAUGAAAUAAUCAUAUUCUAAGUCAUGUGCCUUAUUAUUAACGUUUCGAAUUCAAUACGAAACUAUUUCUUUGUUUUUUAAUUUAUUUAUGGAGUAUUUUUCUACUGUUUGAUCGGCAUGGUUUAUAUUUCUCCACAUCAGUAGUUGUUUUUUCAUCCAUCUCAAAUCAAAUAUAUCGAAUCGUCACAUAUUAAUUAAUGUUUAAUAUUUCAUUUGUUAUCAAUUUUGUUCAAAGUUCUGACAAAAUGUAUUGAAUUAUUUCCUUUAGUCGACAAAAUUAUGUGAAAAAUCAAUUAUGUAUUUUAUUUAUUUGUACAGAAACGUUACAUUUCUUUUUUUAUUUUCAACAUUUUAAAGAAAUAAAACUUCAUACAAAUUGUC